AUGGCGCUCCCUACAAAUGGACGCGUAAUCAUCGAUACAACCGUGGGGGAAAUUGAUAUCGAGCUGUGGUCCAAGGAAACGCCAAAAACAUGUCGCAACUUCAUUACGCUGGCGCUGGAGGGGUAUUAUGACGGCGUUAUUUUCCAUCGCGUUGUCCCUGGCUUCCUGGUCCAAACUGGUGAUCGAACAGGGACUGGCGGGGGUGGGGAGUCAAUAUACGGAGGCGCGUCAUCUACUCAACCUUUCGAGGAUGAAAUCCAUCCACGACUCCGAUUUGCUCAUCGUGGAAUUGUCGCAAUGGCCAACAAUGGCACUAAGAACUCGAACGACUCCCAAUUCAUCAUUACUCUCGACCGCGCUGACGAGCUCCAUGGCAAGCAUACCCUCUUUGGACGGUGUAUGGGCGACACCAUCUACAAUGUCAUGAAAAUUGGUGAAAUGGAACUGGGAGAAAACGAAAGACCCGUAUAUCCUCCGAAAAUCAAAUCUAUACGUAUUGUGGACAAUCCAUUCGACGACAUCGUACCACGAAUAACGGCGGCUGAGAAACGCGCCCAGCAACGAGCGCGGGAAGCGGCGCAAAAAGAACGCGAAGAGGCCGAGAGGAGGAAGGGUGCUAAAAAAAAUGUCGCUCUACUUAGCUUCGGCGAAGACGAAGAUCCCAAUGCUGAGCCUGUAUCGCUCCCGAAAAAAGGCAAAGGCAUUGCCCGUCCAGAUCUGAUGGAUACGACAGGACAAUUGCCAGACUUCAUCAAUAAACCCACAACGAGCCAGCCGUCCAAGCCAAUCGCUGGUUCGACAAAUCCAGCUGACGAUCGACCCAAGAAAAAGAAAGAGGAAGAUAUCACGAAGAUACGCGAAAAACAUGCACAAGAGCUUGCUUCGUCAGCCAAUGUCCGCAAGACAGAAAUUGCCAACCUCGAAGCCGAAAUCCGAUCGCUGCAGAAACGCCGAGGCGGAGGGGAUUCCGAUGAUGAGUUGGAAGCAAUGCGAAAGCAGAAGAAAACCAAAUCGUAUCUGGAAGAGGAACUGGCGCGGUAUUCCAAAGGCCGCGGACUCCAUAGCAAGCGUGAUGCGGGCGGAAAGCGGGUCAAGGACGAGAGCAACGUAUUGGCUGCCCUGAAUGCGUUUCGAGGCAAAUUGGCAAGAGUGGAGGUGGAGAUGCCCGAUGCUGAAGACGGAGAUGGAAAAGACACCGAAAAGGAAGGGCCAGCUCUGGCAGACGACCCUGGCAUCGAAGUUGACGACGAUGCCGGUUUCCUCAGUCAUGCGCUGCAUUUCCCCAAGGAUGAUGGGGAAGAAACUAUGAAAGCGGAGAGAGAUUAUGAGGUCAUUGACCCACGAGUAAGGGGAGCGAGGGCAAAAGAGGAGGAAAGACAACGCAAAAAGCAGCAGAGGGAGAAACAGGGCAGAGGGAGAAACAGAUACUGA